CAAUUACUGAAGAACCAGACCAUAAAAUAAGGGGGUUCAAUCCACAACAACGACGGACCAAACGAACACUGUCUCUGUUCUGUUUCUUCUUCUUCUUUCUCUCUGAAAAUGGCAGCGAUUCAUUCACAUAUUGCUCGCUUGUGGGUCCCACCUCUCCAUCGCUCUUCCUCUUCUCCCUCCAAUCAUCCCAAACUCCUCCUCUUCCGCCACUCUCCCUCCCUCUCCCUCCGCGCCCAUUCCUCCGCCGAACAACACUCUCACUCCUCUUCCUCUGUCAUCGAUUUUCUCACUCUCUGCAACCGACUCAAGACCACGAAGAGGAAAGGAUGGGUCAAUCAUGGGAUAAAAGGUGCUGAAUCGAUUGCUGACCAUAUGUACCGCAUGGCUAUAAUGGCACUGAUUGCUGCCGAUGUUCCUGGAUUGAGUAGAGAAAGAUGUAUCAAAAUAGCACUUGUGCAUGACAUUGCAGAAGCUAUUGUCGGAGAUAUAACCCCAUCUGAUGGUGUGCCCAAGGCUGAAAAGAGUAGAAUGGAGCAGGAAGCUUUGAACAAAAUGUGUGAAGUUCUUGGUGGAGGGAUGAGAGCUGAAGAGAUCAAAGAACUAUGGACAGAGUAUGAAAAUAAUGCUUCUUUGGAGGCUAAUCUUGUUAAAGAUUUUGACAAGGUUGAAAUGAUUCUACAAGCGCUGGAAUAUGAAAUGGAACAUGGAAAAGUAUUAGACGAAUUUUUCCUUUCAACUGCAGGGAAGUUUCAAACUGAAAUAGGAAAAAGUUGGGCAUCUGAGAUUAUUUCUAGAAGAAAAUCUUUAUCAGCAAACAGGCUGAGUUGAUAUAGCAAAAUUACUAACUGUAUACCAAUAAACUUGUUUAGAUGCAAAGAGUUUGGUUUUGGAGAGUUUGACAUAAUUUGGGAUGAUAAAUAUUUGUUGUCCCUUUCAUAGGAAAUUUUCUUUUUUCAUCUUUGGAUUCAAUUUUUGUCUUUGUUGGUGA